AUGAGUGCUCCAAAUCAGUCGAAUAAUACCGAGAGAUGGGUCUCUCCAAAUACGAAACAUGGUCUAUCAUAUCUGGCAGGUCACCCGCAUAGUAGCAGUGGUUCUUUGAUGCCAAUACAGCCUCUCGUGGGAAACAACAGUGCUAUGCGUAUCCCCCCAAGGCCCGACUCGGUACCUCCACUAGGUAACACUACAGGAACGCAACCUCAGCCUCAAACGCAGCAUUCAUUCUUAACACAGUCUAGUCAACAGGCCCACAGAUCAUAUUCGAACCACUUUUUACCGUUUACUAGUGGGAAACAGCAGUUAAGUUACCCACAAGGUUACCCUCCUCUAACAUCCGGCUAUCUUCCCAGCCCCAUACCCCAAACUACCAUGAAUGAGAAGGGUUUGGAUCUCCACGUUGGGUUUCAAAGCCCUGGACAACCUUUCCAGGCUUUUCACCCUGCUACCCAGCAUUUUGCCUCACCUUUGGAAUCAGAUCAAGAUGCAAGAAAGCAAAAAUUGAGCGACUAUCAUGAUAGUAACGAUACAAUUCAAAAAGAUGCCCAUACAAUUAAGAAAAACACCCAAGAAAGUACUUUAAAGGCUCUUGCCAUCAAGCACAAGGGCCGUCCACUAGCAGAAUACGCUACAAUGGUCAGAGAAGCUGAAAUUGCAGUUUUGAAUAUGAGCUCUUGCACUCAUCCUAAGACAGAGAUUCAAAUCGCCGAACAACAUAGAGAAAGAGAAAGACAAGUGUAUGCAUUAAUUUGGCUCAUGAAUACUUGUAUCCCUGAAAAAGAUAGUUACGUCCCUCGUGGCCGCAUUUUUGCCCAAUAUGCAGCUUGCUGUGCACAGCACAAUCUCAAACCGCUCUCACAGGCGUCUUUAGGUAAACUGAUCAGAACUAUCUACCCAGAUUUGACUACAAGACGUCUUGGUAUGCGUGGCCAAUCGAAAUAUCAUUACUGCGGUCUUAAACUAUUGUCACCAUCCAAGACUUCUUCUCCUAGUACAUCAUCUGUCAGUACACCAGACUUACUGCAUACUGUAAAUACAGAGAAUUCUUAUGGAUCCAACUCAGUACAAAGUGGACCCUCAACAAGGUCAGCUACGCCAGCACUAUAUCACAACCCUGAUUCAAAGAAGCCAUAUGCGUGGCAAGCUGUUAUACAAGACGAUGGACUCCAAUUUAUAGAAGGGACCGCUGAAAAGGUGAUUCCUCGCGACUCCACCUUUGCUUUGGACAUUCCUUCGAUAAGUCCAUUUCUGAAACCCAAUACCGAUUCAGACAUAGCAUCGGCGUUAGAAGCAUUGUAUAAGGUUCAUUGCAACACGAUUUAUGAAAAUAUCAAUUUUUCAAAAUUCGAUGCUUUGCCCGUCACUUUGGAUUCAUUCAGCUCAGGAUCCAUAUCACCACAAAUGUUUAACCUUUUCAUAUCGGACAAUUUAUAUGAAUGGAUAAAUGACGCUGACUUGGUGACACACAAAGCAAUGGCUCGAAUGCUAUCUAAGUUUGCAUUCGAACCAAAAGAAAUCGCCAACUUCGACUGUCAAAAAUUUAAAGACUUUUCUUUAACAUAUUCAAAGAUGAUAUCUGAGGCAAAUAUUGAUCUCCCUGUUCCAGUUGUCACUCAAAAAGGUCAGCUUGCUGAAAACUUCACGAGACUUGUUAAACGGCUUAUAAAACUUGUUCAAGCUUCGAAGAAUGCCGCUACUGCCCUUUCAAUGGCGCAAACUCGACGCAACAUGGGUAAAAAUUGGGAAAAGCUCAAUAUUCAUGAAUUGUGUCGUUCAGAGUUUAUGUGCUGUUGGAAAGGCGAUUCUUUUUCAGCAGAGAUUCCUUUAUUUAUAAGUGAGCAAAUGAAUGAGUUGUUUAUGCAAGACGAUAGCACAGAAGGUCUUGAUUUGGUUCUCCAGUUUGGCAAAGCUGUAGUUACUUUCGUUGAAAAGUUUAAGGAACUACCUGCCCGUUUAAUUGUCAUGAAUAUUAACUCAUUCACUGCAGCGUUACUGCGAGAGCUCUACAUUGCAGGCCCUGAGGAUAUAGGAUCUUGGUGGGCCUUAAAAAGUUUUAUAGACGAGUGGCUAUAUUGGUGCGCUGAAUUUGGCGGAUUUCUAGCGAAGUGA